CAACGACAAUCUGUAUCUUUUCCAAAAUCCAUGCUUCAAAGCUUCAACGACACGCGACGCGCUGAUCUUGUCAUAUUCACAGCGCACAUUUCGGCCACGGUAGGGGAUAUGGUCGUUGUCGUUCUCGAUUCUUAGUUGUCAGUAUCAUUACAUUUUGUUGUUUAAAUCCUCUUUUGUGCCUGACGAAUUCUGCUGGGCCGGUAAUUGGCCUGUUUACUGCCUGCUCUUCACUGUUUGGCGCCUCGCCUUCACUCUCAAACACCUGUUCGUUCUUUGAUUUGCCUUGGUAUUCGCUGUCAUCAGUCUUUGCACUCCUUCUUGUUUGCCAUCCAAAUAUCCCAUGAUUGUCGCGUCACAAGUCAUGGCCGCCCUCCCGACGCACCGCGAUUUACAGCAACGCCUCGAAGAUUAUCGUGCUUUCGAUGAAUCUAGACAGAACGAAGUCACUCACUUGAUUCAAGCAUGCCUACGUCUCAAUUCCGAAGCCCUCGUUCUGCAGAGCGAUCUCGAUGAUGAGAGAAUCACUCGUCGUAACUGGAAGAGACGAGCCGAAGAGGCCGAAGCUGCCAUUCAACGCAAGUUUGUCGUCGUUCUCGUCGACGGCGAUGGAUAUCAGUUUCGAAGGUCCUUUUACGAUGCUCUUUCGGCAUCGGGUGGCUCCAAGGCUGCCAACGAAUUAUGGAUGCGAGUCGUGGAUAAUCUCAAAGCUGCCGACACCUCAUCAGCUAUAGCGUCUGAUUGUGAUGUCCUCGUCAAUAUCUAUGCCAACAAGAUCGGCCUCGCCAAAACCCUAGUAGCCUGUGGAUACAUCAAUCACCUCUCUCAGAUUGAUCUAUUUUUUUCGUCCUUCACUCAGAGUCGCAGUCUUUUCCAGUUCAUUGACUGUGGCCCCGGCAAGGAGAGGGUCGAUAGCAAACUUCGAGAUACGUUCAGAUUCUACGCCAAUAACGCCCAAUGUCAACGUAUAUACGUGGCAUGUUCCCACGAUAAUGGUUACAUCGCUGAACUCGACAAGUAUCGUCACGAUAUGGUGGUGAUGCCGAAAGUCAUGUUGGUGCACGCCGCUCAAACACCUUCAGCCGUCAAGGCAUAUAGCAGCCUUCCGUUCAAACACACCAGAUUUGAUAGCGUCUUUGAAGAUGCAGCCCUAGAGCCUCCGGCAAAAGUAGAUGUACCCUAUUUCACGCCCCCGCCCGACCCACCCUCCUACGACCCUCGGCCAUCUGAACAGGACGUUCUUAACCUGACGCCCACCGCGAGCCGUUCAAGUCACUCCUCAAAUGCGGCCGGUCCACCAGGAUUGACACCUCUGGCAACUCUGCCCACGAACUCGAAGACUGCGUCUCAAGUGGGCUCGCCACCACCAUCGGUGUCAGAAGUGACAAAAAAUAAAACAAAUGAGCUUGUCACUCAUGGGAACGGGGCCGGAGACGGCAAGAAUGGAAUUCCGAUCAAUCGAUUUGGCCAGAGAAUUGAUCUGAAAAUCCGCAUCCCGAGCACUGCCGACAUGGAUAAAUUUGAGAAUCGCAUCAGUCAACGCAAGUUAUGUAACGAGCACCAUCUUCGGGACAAUUGCGAAUCGUACAGCUGCAGAUACAAUCACGACCCGAUCGACGCCACCAUGAGGAACACGCUUCGGUAUAAAGCCAGGAGCAUUCCAUGCACCAAUGGAUCGAAGUGCCGUCGAAUGAAUUGUUUUUAUGGUCAUCAAUGUCCGUGGGGGAACAAUAACUGUGGCAACCCAAAAUGUGCCUUUAUCAAAGCCGGUUUACAUGACAUUAAGGACUUGGAAAUCGCAAAGGUUGUGCCGGCACAGCCACUCGGAUGAACCACACGCCUAAAGAAGCAGAGGUAAUAAUACUCGUACUGGCUCGAGCACUCCGUUACAAAGUCAAAUCAUGGAUGACGGGAUCAUCGACCGCAAGGUUUGAAGUAGGUGAGGUCGUUCCGACCAGGAAUCAUUGGCGCACAAGUAAAUUUGUUUGUUUCAUAUGGAAGUGUCAGCGUUAGAUCGGUGUUGAGGGCAAGCAAGGAUUAACUGGAAUGAAAAUCAGCUGGCAUCACGAGGGAUUAAUUCGUUUAUUUGACAUUUCUUAGGCUUCUGUACAAAAUGAGAGCGGCUUCAAUGAUGCACAUAGA